UGCAGUAGAUUAAUGUGCGGUAUUCAUUUUCAGGACAUGAAAGGUGGAUGGGUGACAUCUACGGGGAGCAGCAACACGGCGGCCGCCGCCACGGCCGCUCUUGUGGCCGUUCAGCCGUUGCUGACCGCUCAGGCGGCUCAGCAAUCGCAGAUUCAGGCCGUCGCGACGCCCAUUGUUAUUGCUGCGGCACCGGCUGCUGCUGCUGCUGCCGCCGCGGCGGCUGUUACGCAUCAACCUGCUGCAACGUGCACAUCUACGCAACCCAAGCAGGACACGUCAAAGCAUCAUCAUAUAUUUGUUGGCGACUUGAGUCCCGAAAUCGAGACGCAAACGCUGAGAGAUGCAUUUGCAGCAUUCGGCGAGAUAUCUGAUUGUAGAGUUGUACGAGAUCCGCAAACGUUAAAGUCGAAAGGAUAUGGAUUCGUGUCGUUUAUCAAAAAAAAUGAGGCCGAGAGUGCAAUUGCGGCAAUGAACGGACAAUGGUUGGGCAGCCGAAGCAUUCGUACCAACUGGGCCACCAGAAAACCUCCUGUUCCAAAAACCGAAGUCAGCACAAAACCUCUAACAUUCGACGAAGUUUACAACCAAAGCAGUCCUACCAACUGCACGGUCUACUGUGGAGGAAUUACGAAUGGUUUAACUGAAGAAUUGAUGCAGAAGACUUUUGCUCCUUUUGGAACAAUACAAGAAAUACGGGUAUUUAAGGAGAAGGGAUACGCAUUUGUAAGAUUUUCAACGAAAGAAUCUGCUACUCACGCAAUCGUGGCAGUGCAUAAUACGGAUAUAAACGGUCAGAUUGUUAAAUGCUCGUGGGGAAAGGAAUCGGGAGAUCCGAAUAACGCCCCAGUUGCGGGGCAGGAGAUAUGCUUGCAAGCCAUUACAGGUACCCAGUACCCGUACAACGCCUACGGGCAACAACUGGGCUACUGGUACCCUCAAAGUUUCCCCUCUACUGCUGCAGCUGCCCAGAUGCAAGGGCAAUUCCUGCAGGGUAUGCAGGGCUACACCUACGGCCAGUUCGCUGGCUACCAGCAAUCUUAUAUGGGGAUGGGCAUGCAGGUGCCUGCAGCCACUUGGCAAGGUAUACCAGGACAACCUCAGUUGCCCUCUACCCCUCAGCAAAUGACUGCUCCGGGUACCACUUUACAACAGCCUGGAUUGGUAUUUCCAAUUCAGCAGUACCAACUAACACCGUCUGAGGAAGACUGGCUAACCCCAAGUCUUUUGGUAUGAUUUUGAUGAUGAAACCCAAUUUUUUAAAUGUCUGGACUAUUAUUUGCCAUAGGAGCUAUCUGUGACAGUACAAGUGAUUACAAUUAUCUAAAGAGUUGUCCAAAUUACGUAAACAUAUUUUUAUUUUUGUCUUCCCAUUUCACUGUUCAGAUAGAUUAAUUCUAAGCCUGUUUUAAUUGAACGAC